CGUAGCUGUCAGUGAUCAGUCGGAGUUGGUCAGUCAGAAAUUAUCUCGAUCGUUGCGCUGUCCAGUCAGCACCGGUUCGCGCAUUCCUCGCGAAUUUGCAACUUCAAUCUUGGAUUUCAAACACGCAUUUCGCUAUAUAAUACUUGUUCAUCGUCAUUACACACAUAUAUAUAGGUAGUUAUUCAACUUGCUGUAUGGUUAUAUAGCCGUGAUUCUCGACAGGCGAGUCACAACAUUUUGCGUGUAACAAAAUUCACCUCUUCGAAUUCGAUCAAAAUUCAACAACCCCGGCUGACCACACCAAUUUCUCCGACCAAUUCGUAAUAAUAAUACGACUCGUCGUAAUUAGUGCAGCUUAAAAUUAGAAAAAUUUACCGGUGCGUGACACUGAGACCAAUAUAUUUAUAUACCAUUUAAGGUGAGAUCGAGCCGUGAUCAAAUUUUCUUCAGUUAAAAAUGACGACUACGGUGACCCCAGUUAUCAUGCCAGAUCUCAAGGAACCUCUGCCAGAGCCAGAAGAGAAUCAUACGCAGGCAGAUUUCAUAAAAGAUGAAUUAAACUUCAAUGUUGAUGUGAAUGACCCAUUGACAAAGGCCAGUCUCAAUGAACCUGCUGAAGACGAGUGGAUGGAUAUACUGGGCAGCAAUCAGUUGUUAAAAAAAGUUGUUAAAGCUGGUAUAAAAAAUACAAGGCCCAAUCGGUCAGAUUUGUGUACUAUUGAUAUUAUUGGACGCUUAGAAGAUGGAACGAUUGUUGAAGAGCAUGAAGAUCUUGUUGUUCAGUUAGGUGAUAUGGAAACUAUACAGGGCAUAGAUUUAGCUCUUGCAUUAAUGAACACAGAAGAAGAAGCAGAAGUUAAAGUUGGUGCUCGAUUUGGAUAUGGUAAAACUGGGAGAACUUCUCCAUUACCAGUAAUACCUCCAAAUACUGAUCUAGUAUACAAUGUCACCUUAAAAAGUGUUACAAUGGAACGAGAUAUAGAAGAAAUGCCUGUUGCAGAAAGACAGAAAAUUGGGAAUAAAAAAAGAGAACGAGGAAAUUGGUGGUUUGCAAGAGAUGAAUGCAUAAUUGCAACUCAGUGUUACAGAAAAGCUUUGGAUUAUCUAACCAUUGGAGAAGAUAGUGAGAUGAGUUUAGAAAAGAAUACAGAGCGAACCACAGAGUCUAUGACUGCUGAAGAGUUACAAUCACUUCUUGAAGAUUCUUUAAAAGUUCAUAAUAAUUUAGCUGCUGCUCAGCUUAAAUGUGAGGCCUAUGAUGCUGCAUUAAAAAGUGUGGAAAACGUUUUGAGAUGUCAACCCAAUAAUGUUAAAGCUCUAUUUAGAAAAGGUAAAAUAUUACAUCAUCAAGGCGAGCAUGCAAAAGCUUGUACAGUUCUAUCCCAGGCAUUGAGAAUUGAACCUGAUAAUAAAGCCAUCCAGCAAGAAAUAUCAAUUCUAAAGAAAAAAAGUGUAAAAGAUGCUCAUCAAGAGAAAAAUUUGUACCGGAAGAUGUUGGGUAAUCCAGCUAAGAGAAAUAAAGACACUACCAAAAAUGAUAACGAAAAUAAAAUAGUUAGCAAAAAUUUGACGUGGAGUCUUUUAGGUGGAACUAUAGUUGCAGUUUUUGGAAUAAUUGCUUACAAAUUGGUUGCAUAAUAUAUGUUUUAAAUUGACAAUU